GUUCCAACCCGAGAAUGUCGAGCAUAACAAAAAGUUGUACGAGCAAGUUAAUGUAAUAGCAACAAGGAAGGGAUGCCCUAUAUCACAGCUAGCAUUGGCAUGGGUCCAUCACCAAGGGGAUGAUGUUUCUCCCAUACCCGGCACCACCAAGAUCGAAAACUUCAAUCAGAAUGUCGGAGCUUUAUCUAUAAAAUUGACACCCGAUGAAAUGGNAUGA